GAGAUAGACAGAUCGUGGACGCGUGCAUGGGCAUAUUGGAUACAGGAGUACAGGAGCGGUACUCCUAAAGCAGUCUCAUACUCUCUGUAUAUUGAGCUCUACUUGACCGGGCAGACGCACACGAUACAGCGACUAUUCUCAUCUGUCUGAGGUGAAUGUGAUAUCUGACAGAGAGACAUUUCAGAACGAGUAUUAUGGCUCUCGCCGGAUGUCCGGAUUAUUUUCUGCACCAUCCAAAUUACCAGCAGGAUAAUGUAGACCGGACCGCCAAUCACAGACAAGCAGAUCUGAUUGGGCCAAGUUUUCAGCAGUCAACCAAUCGGAAUUCACCCAGCCAUCAAGAGGAUGACGUGGAUUUGGAGGCACUGGUGAAUGAUAUGAACUCUUCCUUUGAGAGUUUGUACUCUUCCUGUACUGUGCCGGCUGAUUCCGCUCCCCUGCUGCACAACGGCCAGCCACAGAGACCCACCUAUCAAACACACGCUCAGCCCACCUCCCCACACCAGAGACUGCGGCGGUCCCAGCCCAUGCACAUUCUCGCUGUCAGAAGACUUCAGGAAGAAGAGCAACAGUACCGAACGUCCUCUCUACCUGCCAUCCCCAACCCUUUUCCAGAGCUCUGUAGUCCUGCCGGUUCCCCUACGCUCAGCACCGGCUCUUUACCUCAGUGUCAGCCCACAGGCAAAUAUAUCAUAAAAAUCUUCAGCGAGGAUGGGUUCGGAAAGAUGCUGGAGAUCCCACCCGACAUGACGGCGCGAGACCUGUGCCAGCUCCUCGUCUAUAAAAACCAUUGUGUGGACGAUAACAGUUGGGCACUUGUGGAGCAUCAUCCGGCCCUGGGACUCGAAAGAUGUUUAGAAGACCAUGAACUAGUCGUCCAAGUGCAGGCGUCCAUGAGCAGCGAGAGUAAAUUUCUCUUCAGAAAGAACUAUGCCAAAUAUGAAUUCUUCAAAAGUCCUUUGAACUUUUUCCCUGCGCAGAUGGUGGCAUGGUGUCAGGAGACCAAUGGGACCAUUCCCCCGUCUCAGCUCCUGCAGAUCUUUUUAAACUCCAGCAGUUGUCCUGAGAUCCAGGGAUAUUUGCAUGUGAAAGAGAUGGGCAGGAAAUCGUGGAAGAAACUGUAUGUGUUGUUAAGACGGUCAGGAUUGUACAUCUCAACAAAAGGAAUGUCGAAGGAGCCCAGGCAUUUACAGCUACUAGCAGACCUGGAGGACAGCAAUGUCUUUACAGUAAUAACAGAGAGAAAACUGCACAAUGCACCGACGGAUUAUGUGUUCUGCAUAAAACCUAAAAAAGUGAUGAAUGAACUGAAAGAACUGAGGAUGUUGUGUGCGGAUGAUGAGCAGAGCAGAACGUGCUGGAUGACGGCCUUUAGACUGUUUAAGUACGGAAUUCUACUCUAUCAAAACUACAAGAUCCCCCAGCAGCGAAAAACAUUACUCUCACAUUUCUCAGCGCCUGUGAGAAGCGUCUCAGAGAACUCUCUGGUGGCCAUGGAUUUCUCAGGGAGUAUCGGCAGGGUGAUUGACAAUCCUGUGGAGGCUCAGUGCGCCGCUAUGGAGGAGGGACACGCAUGGAGAAAGAGAAGUCAGCGCAUGAACACCCUGGGCAGCCCCAGCCCUCUUCAUCCCUCAUCACUGAGCGGAGUUAUCCACAGAACUCAGUUGUGGUUUCACGGUCGAAUACCACGGGAGGAGUCCCACAAGAUGAUCCAUCAGCAAGGCCGUGUGGAUGGAAUGUUCUUGUUACGGGACAGUCAGAGUAACCCGAAGGCGUUUGUGCUCACAAUGUGUCACCACCAGAAAAUCAAACAUUUCCAGAUCUUACCGUGUGAGGAAGAUGGUCAGAUGUUCUUGAGCAUCGAUGACGGCGCCACCAAAUUCACAGACCUGAUCCAGCUGGUGGAGUUUUACACGCUGAACAGAGGAGUUCUGCCUUGUAAACUGAAGCACCCCUGCACCACUGUGGCCUUAUGACCCCCUCAUGCCUGAUUGUGGCUAAAGACAAACACUACGAUAGUGUGUGCUGUGGUCUGAAGCUGUGCCGCUGGGCUGGAAAAAAAGCACACCGCAAGCCGCUCUCCGUCUGUAAGAGAGAACAUCAGAAGAACAAUCAGAACAUCUUCUGGAGGAGAAAACGUGUGCGUUUGAAUCUUUCAGCCACCUGCACACUCGAACGUGGCCGGAUCAGGUUCUCAGGACAAUCCUCCAGUGGGAUUCUUCACGAUCUACGGUCUGAAUCGAAAAUGUGUCGUGGUUUCGGGACGACCGGCAGAACACUCUUAAAUCUCGUGUUUCUUUUUAUUUUGCACUUGUGAACCAGGAACAACCAAGCUAUGGCAAUUGUUGCUUUCAGAAAUCAAGCAGGUUUCAUCGUUUCUUUGUUCUAGAAAGGGUUGUAAGAUGUGGACAGCCUGUAGUUGUUUUGAGUACUGUGAAAGGACAUUGCCGUUAAAUUCAUGCGUUCUCUCCGUAAUGAGUUGAAUCGGUAGGAUUUUCCAAAAGCAGGUCUCCUUUGCAAUUGCUUCCUUAUUAUUUAAGUUUAUGUCAAAUUUGGGGCUAUUUGCUCAUGGCUUUGAGCAUAGAACUCUCGUGCAUUAAUGCAUAUGCCUUUGCAGACUGUUAAAUACAUGGAGAACACAAACCAUAAGCUGCAUCGCUCUCUGCUGGCCAUACCGAGAAAUAACAUGUCCUGAUGCUCCUUAAAGGGAUAGCUCACCCAAAAAAUAUACUCACGCAAACCUGUCUGACUUUCUUUCUCCUACUGAACACAAACGAAGAUAUUUUAAUAUUUUAAGAACGUUGGUAACCAACCUGGCCACCAUUGACUUACAUUGUAUAGACACAAAACCACUGAGACAUUUCUCAAAAUAUCUUCUUUUGUGUUCCACAGAUGAAAGAGUCACACACAGGUGAAUUAAUGACGACAAAAUUUGUAUUUUGGGGUGAACUAUCCUUUUAAAUGAGCAGUGAGCAUUCAAAAAUAAACCUUGUGUCAUUUUCUAUUCACCCUUAUGUUGUUCCAAACCGGUUUGACUUUCUUCUGUGGAACACAAAAGGAGAUUU